AACUAAACACCUCCUAAAAUAUUUUGGUGAGAACCAGUAAAACGCCAUUUACCUAAGCAGGGGCACCUAAAUUAUUUUUAGGUGUACAACAUUUAGUUGAAUUUAAAAAAAUUUAAAAUAAGAAUUGCGUUUGUUUAGAUCUGAGGGAGUACUAGAGUCUGCAGUCAAAAAGUGGGUACAAUAUUCCAAGGUGGAUGGAAAAUACAUUAUACAUCCACCCAAAUAGCAUUGCAAGACGGCCAAACCGAGACUUCGAGUCAAGUCGUCCAUGAGACUAUAUGACUCGCCUCAUCAUUGCAAAGGCACUCUCUGUGGCUAUGCAAGGAGCAACGUCUCGCACUCUCUUGUACCUGCAUCUCUAAUUCUCUAUUUUUAGGAUCGCUCCCAAUCCCAAAAGACAGACACUGAGCUCACUAGUCCUGCAUGUACACAUGCCGCAAAUCUUCCGUCGAUCUCCAAACCUUUUUCCUUCAUGCGGACAUUACAUUUGUUGUGCUUCUUCCUCCUGUGGCGCCCAUGUUUGGCCGUGCCACCAGGAAGCAGCCAUGGCUCUGCUGACAAGCUCAGUCUUCUGUCCUUCAAGUCCCUGCUUCUGGACCCAGCCGGCUUGCUUGCUUCAUGGAACUCAUCCAAUUACCUUUGCAGCUGGAGGGGAGUUGUUUGCGGCCUUCGGCAUCCUGAGAGAGUCACUGCGCUGCAGAUGAACUCUUUCGGCUUGGCGGGGCGUAUCUCUCCAUCGAUCGGCAAUCUCUCCUUCAUCAGGGAGAUCGAUCUCGGCAACAACCAUCUUGAGGGGCAGAUCCCUGAAGAGCUUGGCCAACUAAGGCGGCUCGAGGUUCUGAACCUCACCUGGAACCUUUUGGAGGGAAGCUUCCCGGAAGCUCUGGGAAGGUGCAAUCGACUCUCGUAUCUUAACCUUGCGAUGAACCACCUUCAAGGUGAGCUUCCGUCAGAGAUAGGGUCUUUGAAAAAUAUUGUCUCCUUAGAGCUUUUCCAUAAUCAUUUGUCAGGACAGAUCCCACAAUCCCUAGCCAACCUAUCAUCGAUAAAUUUGUUGGACCUUGGAAAUAACACAUUUUCAGGAGCUUUCCCUUCAUAUCUUGACAAGCUACCUCAUAUCUCCCUAGUUUCCUUUGAGUUCAACAACCUUUCCGGAGUCAUCCCUCCUUCGUUUUGGAACAUUUCCACACUGAUAAGCUUUUCUAUGGCCGGAAAUAUGCUUGUUGGGACAAUACCUCCAAACGCAUUCAACAAUCUUCCACUUCUCCGAGUAUCCUAUAUGAAUGUGAACCAGUUUCAUGGCCAUAUCCCAGCUUCAUUAGGUAACGCUUCUGAUUUGUUGAAAAUCCAGCUCAAUGUUAACUUCUUUAGCGGAACUGUUCCCCCAGAGAUUGGGAAGUUAAAACAUCUCCAGCACCUAGUGUUAUUUGGAAAUUCCCUAGAAGCUAAUGAGCCCAUAGAUUGGAAAUUUAUUACCUCAUUAACUAAUUGCUCCCAGUUACAGUUUUUACUGCUAGAUACUAAUAAGUUUGCUGGAGUGCUUCCUGGUUCCGUUUCCAAUCUGUCUUCUUCGUUAUUAGGUCUUUACCUUGAAGACAACACAAUAUCUGGGAGCAUACCUAAGGGAAUAGGUAAUCUUAUCAACUUACAAGCCCUUGCCUUGAGUCUGAACCAUUUCACUGGGGCUCUGCCAUCUUCCCUGGGGAUGCUUCAAAGUUUGCGUGCUCUCCUCCUGAGGAAUAACAUGUUAAAUGGAUCAAUCCCAUUAACAAUAGGAAAUCUCACCAGGCUAAAUUAUUUGGAAGUAUCAUCAAAUAAAUUUAGCGGUACAAUACCCAGCACUCUCGGAAACCUGACAAACUUGCUAGACCUGCAUCUUGGCAAUAACAACUUUAUAGGAUCAAUUCCAACUGAAAUAUUCAACAUACGCACGCUCUCUCUCAUUUUGGAUUUAUCCUAUAAUAAAUUGGAGGGAUCAAUGCCAGAAAAAAUUGGAAAUCUAAACAAUCUUGUAGAGCUGCAUCUAGAAUCUAAUAUGCUAUCGGGUGAAAUUCCAGACGCCCUAGGAGAUUGCCAAGUUCUCCAAAAUCUCUACUUAGAAAACAAUUUCUUUGAAGGUAGUAUUCCGUUUACGUUGAGUAAAAUAAAAGGUUUGGAAAUUCUUGAUCUCUCAAGCAACAACUUUUCAGGUCAUAUACCUGAGUUCUUAGGGAAUCUAAGCUCACUCCAUUACCUUAACCUUUCCUUCAAUAACUUUGCUGGUGAACUACCUACUUUUGGUAUUUUUGCAAAUGGUACUGCACUUUCAAUCCAAGGCAAUGAAGCACUCUGUGGUGGCAUCCCUUAUCUUAAUUUCCCUACAUGUUCUUCUGAGUGGAGAAAGGAAAAACCCAGACUCCCUGUGAUUCCUAUUGUUAUUCCUCUUGUUGCAACAUUAGGGAUGCUUUUGCUGCUCUAUUGUUUCCUUACUUGGCACAAGAAGAAGUCAGUUAAAAAUCUUUCCACUGGGUCCAUCCAAGGCCAUCGACUAAUCUCCUAUUCACAGUUGGUAAAAGCAACAGAUGGUUUCUCGACAACCAACUUGCUAGGUACAGGAACAUUUGGGUCUGUGUUCAAAGGAACACUAGAAGGAAGAAGUGGUGAGCCUGCAACUAUUAUUGCUGUAAAAGUACUAAAACUUCAAACACCUGGAGCAGUCAAAAGUUUUGAAGCUGAAUGUGAAGCUAUGAGGAACUUGCGACACCGGAACCUUGUGAAGAUAAUAACAUCCUGCUCAAGCAUCGACUCCAAAGGGGAUGAUUUCAAAGCCAUUGUAUUUGACUUCAUGCCAAAUGGUAGCCUAGAAGAUUGGCUACAUCCAGGUACAAGCAACCAGCUAGAGCAGAGGCGCUUAAACCUCCAUCAAACAGUCAGCAUAAUUCUUGAUGUGGCUUGUGCAUUGGAUUAUCUUCACUGGCAUGGCAUUGCGCCAAUUGUGCAUUGUGAUCUUAAGCCAAGUAAUGUACUUUUGGACACUGAUAUGGUAGCACAUGUUGGAGACUUUGGACUUGCCAGGAUUCUUGCCGACGGAUCCUCUUCUUUCCAACCUUCCACAAGCUCCAUGGGAUUCAGAGGGACAAUUGGAUACGCCCCACCAGAAUAUGGUGUUGGGAACAUGGUUUCAAUCUAUGGAGACAUCUAUAGCUAUGGAGUUCUUAUCCUUGAGAUGGUAACUGGGAGAAGACCCACUGAUAAUGCAGCUGAGCAUGGACUGAGCCUUAGGAAUUAUGUUGAAAUGGCCAUUGACAACCAAGUUAUGGACAUUAUCAACAUGGAGUUGAUGACAGAGCUUGAAAAUGAGAAUGCGAGAGUAGAUGGUGCACUGACCAGAAAAAGGCUGGCCCUUGUUUCAUUACUUAAACUUGGGAUAUUAUGCACUGAUGAGGAAACGCCAUCGACUAGGAUGUCAACCAAAGAUAUCAUCAAGGAGCUGCAUGAAAUAAAAAAGGCUCUCGGAUAAUAGUAACAACAACAAUAAUAAUGAGAAUAAAAUCACAAAGUUAGAAGGCAUGUACCAACUACCAUGUAUUCUUCACUAGAUUCUAAAGGAGACUAGGAGAGUAUGUAGUACCUGUCCGUGGUGCAUCUUUCGAAAUUUAGAGAAUCAUCCUUU